AUGUUGAACGACGCACUCCUGAGCUGUGUCGGUAUCUAUCUAUCUAUCUAUCUAUCUAUCUAUCUAUCUAUCUAUCUAUCUAUCUAUCUAUCUAUCUCUGUGUGUGUGCACGUAUGUAUAUGUAUGUAUACAAAAUCGAGACGCACUCCUGAGCUGUGUCGGUAUCUAUCUAUCUAUCUAUCUAUCUAUCUAUCUAUCUAUCUAUCUAUCUAUCUAUCUAUCUAUCUCUUCUAUUCUAUCUAUCUAUCUAUCUAUCUAUCUAUCUAUCUAUCUAUCUCAGUGUAUUCACAUAUCCAUCCAUCUAUCUCAGUCUAUUCAUAUCAUAUCUAUCUAUCUAUAUCUAUCUAUAUAUAUCUGUUAUCUAUGUAUCUAUCAUUCUAUCUAUAUCAUCUAUCUAUCCAUCUAUCAUUUCAGUCUAUUCAUCUAUCUAUCUAUCUAUCUAUCUAUCUAUCUAUCUAUCUAUCUAUCUAUCUAUCUAUAUUAUUCUAUUCACAUCUAUCUAUCUAUCUAUCUAUCUAUCUAUCUAUCUAUCUAUCUAUCUAUCUCUGUCCGUCUCUCUAUAUAUAUCUCUGUUCAUAUCUAUGUAUCUAUCAUUCAAUUCAUAUCUAUCUAUCUAUCUAUCUAUCUAUCUAUCUAUCUAUCUAUCUAUCUAUCUAUCUCAUCUAUAUCACAUCUAUAUCUAUCUAUCAUCUAUCUAUCUAUCUAUCUAUCUAUCUAUCUAUAUAUAUAUAUAUAUUAUAUAUAUUUAGUCAUUCACAUCUUAUCUAUCUAUCUAUCUAUCUAUCUAUCUAUCUAUCUAUCUAUCUAUCUCUGUCCGUCUCUAUAUAUCUCUCUGUUCAUAUCUAUGUAUCUAUCAUUCAAUUCAUAUCUAUCUAUCUAUCUAUCUAUCUAUCUAUCUAUCUAUCUAUCUAG